CCUCCAAUUUUUGGCAUUUGAUACUGAAGCUUCACAUGAUAUCCUACGGGUUUGGGAUGGCCCACCUGAAAAUGACAUGCUGUUAAAGGAAAUUAGUGGCUCUCUUAUUCCAGAAGGCAUCCACAGCACUCUCAACAUAGUGACAAUACAAUUUGACACAGACUUCUAUAUCAGCAAAUCUGGAUUUGCCAUUCAAUUUUCAAGCUCUGUGGCCACAGCGUGUCGAGAUCCUGGUGUCCCCAUGAAUGGAACCCGUAAUGGAGAUGGGAGAGAACCUGGGGACAUGGUGCUAUUUCAAUGUGAUCCUGGCUAUGAGUUGCAAGGAGAUGAGCGAAUAACCUGCAUUCAGGUAGAAAAUCGGUACUUCUGGCAGCCCAACCCACCAGUCUGUAUAGCACCUUGUGGAGGCAAUCUGACGGGAUCAUCGGGUUUUAUUCUUUCGCCAAAUUUCCCACAUCCUUAUCCCCAUAGCAGAGACUGUGACUGGACUAUUACUGUUAAUAAUGACUAUGUAAUAUCAUUAGCUUUUAUCAGGACUGUUAGUUUCCAAACACCUUGUGGAAUACGUUCCACGGGUUCUGAAGGAACGGUUUUAUCGCCAAACUACCCUAAAAACUAUAGCAUAGGACAUAACUGCAUUUACUCAAUUGCAGUUCCUAAAGAAUUUGUUCUGCCUCUGCCUCAUUUAUCUUUAUUUCUGGAGAUUUUCUUGAUCCUUUUUGUCUUUGAUUACAUUGAUGCUUUCUCAGAGUUUUGUCAUACUUCACAAAAAGUGAUUGAUAUCCAGAUAGAGAAACAGGCCUUCAAGCCGGAACUCUUGAAGAAACUUACCUAUGUCUUACUCCUCAAACCUUAUCAUCAUGCAACCAAAUCUCAACUGAAGAUGCUUUUUGAAAUGGUCAAGUCCCCUUGUGCUGAUAGGGCUAACAGACAUUCAGAUGCAAAGUGUGAAGUCUCAGAGGUACCAUUAAUGGAACAGCUAAAAAAUCGGUUUAAAAAGAAAAUUCCAGCUGGAACUGAAGUGGCCAACAUUCUUGUAGGAGAAGCCUCUUUCCUAGAAAAGCCCUUCAUUGCUUUUGUACGCCUGCAAAACUCAUUGCUUCUUGGAAGCUUGACUGAAGUUGCUUUUCCUAGCAGGUAA